GCAGUCCACCUCUCAGGCGCCGGGGAGGAGUCGUCAGGCACUUUUUUAAGCCGCCUUUCUAAAAAGCAGUUGCUCGCCCUUCGAGGGCCCCCGAGGCUAGGCGAAGCUGCCGUACAACAUGGCGGCGCUCUGGGGAGGGCGCUUCCGGGUUGAGCCCUGGCUCCGUUGUACGGCGCGGGCUCUUUCGGCAGGGAAGAAUGAGUACGACCUCCUUGUUAUCGGAGGAGGCUCUGGUGGAUUGGCUUGUGCUAAAGAAGCUGCCCAGUUUGGAAAGAAGGUAGCUGUCCUAGACUAUGUGGAUCCUUCUCCGAGAGGAACCAAAUGGGGGCUUGGUGGGACGUGUGUGAACGUGGGUUGUAUUCCAAAGAAGUUGAUGCACCAAGCGGCUCUCCUGGGACAUUCGGUCCGAGAUGCCCAACAUUAUGGCUGGAACAUACCCCGUCAUAUCAGUCACGACUGGUCUGUGAUGGCCAAAGGAGUUCAAAACUACGUCAAAUCCUUGAAUUGGGGACACAGGUUACAGUUACAAGAUAAAAAGGUCAAAUACUUCAAUCUGAAAGGCAGCUUUGUGGAUGCACACACCAUCCGUGGGGUGGCAAAAGGAAACAAGGAGACCCUGCUCACCGCAGACCACGUAGUUCUUGCCACUGGUGGCAGACCAAGAUACCCCAGAGAGGUUGCAGGAGCUCAAGAAUUUGGGAUUACAAGUGACGACAUUUUCUGGCUUAAAAGAUCCCCUGGAAAAACGUUGGUUGUUGGCGCCAGCUAUGUUUCCCUCGAGUGUGGCGGCUUUCUCACCGGCCUUGGAUUGGAUGCUACCGUAAUGAUCAGGAGCAUCCCGCUUCGAGGAUUUGACCAGCAAAUGGCCAGUCUGGUGACGAGCCACAUGGAAGCGUCCGGCACACGGUUUCUAAAGAAAUGCAGCCCAACUAAGAUCAAGAAGCUGGACAACGGACGGCUACGGGUGACGUGGAAAUAUGGGGACUCCGGCAAAGAAAAAUCGGAUGAGUUUGAUACGGUGAUGUGGGCAGUAGGCCGCGCUCCAGACACUGCAGCCCUUAAACUGGAUCGUGUGGGUGUGAAAACCAAUCCGGAAACGGGGAAAAUUAUCGUCGAUUCAGCUGAAGUUACUUCGAUCCCCCAUAUCUUCGCAAUCGGGGACAUCACGGAGGGCCGCCCUGAACUAACGCCCACCGCAAUUGCUUCAGGGAAGUUGUUGGCUCGGCGGUUGUUCGGCCUUUCUUCCGAACUCAUGGAUUACGACAAUGUGCCUACAACAGUGUUCACCCCUCUAGAAUAUGGUAGCGUUGGCAUCUCAGAAGAAGACGCUGUCCACCGAUAUGGUCCAGAUAACAUAGAGGUAUACCAUGCAUUUUAUAAACCCUUGGAAUUUGUUGUGGCCGAAAGAGAUGCUACUCAGUGCUACAUAAAAAUGGUGUGCCUGCGCGAAAAAGAUCAGCAGAUCCUGGGCCUUCAUUUCAUUGGCCCAAAUGCUGGUGAAGUGAUCCAAGGCUUUGCUCUUGGAAUCAAAUGCGGCGCCACUUAUUCUCAAAUGAUGCAGACAGUUGGGAUUCACCCCACCUGUGCCGAAGAAGUGACUAAGUUGCACAUCACCAAGAGGUCAGGCUUGGAUCCGACCGUCACAGGCUGCUGAGGUUAAGCACCAUCCCUGGUCAACCAGGCUGGGCAGAAGCUUCCAGAAGGAAAGGAAGGAGCACAUCAACCUCUAGAGGUCCAUUGUUUCAAUUCUUUCAUUGGCCUUUUCACAACGCCUUUCACCCAACCCCCCAAAAUAAGACGCAGAGUCACCAGACCAACUCCUUUGAAAGCCUUCUUCAAACCGAUCCCAUUUCUGGAAUGGUCACCCAUGCUAUUUAUUGCAUCAUAUGAAGACACCUAGACGGAUGUGGAUGAGCUGGAACUGGUGCCAAAGUAGGGGUAGAUAGACACCAAAAAGAUCUGCUUCCUUUUCUGUGAAAUUCUGCCUUGUGCCUUCCAGGGAUGGUUUAUUUCCAACCACCACCUCAAGCAGCCUCGCGUCGAUGCCAAACACCCAACCAAACAUCGCAAGAGAUUUCCUGGAUGUGCAGAUAUUUGUGCAUCUGAGAAAUCCACGCAAAAUCACGGGACACCGGCCAAUGACGACUUGUGUAUAAAUCCACUCGCUGGAGUAGACAGGUCUGAUGCCUGCUGGUUCCUUAUUGAGCUGAAGGAAUUACGUUGGAAUUGAUGGCAGGCAAUUUAAUAGAAGGAUUAAAAAUAGCUUUCGGCUAAAUUUGUAGACGGUUGUGGUUGAUUUGGGGUAACUUUUCCUUUCCCCAAAAGUCAAAAGUAAACUGCAUUUUUUUUUCUCUUCCAGUUUUUUUUUUCCUUCUGUCUCUCCCAUGUAUGUUUAGUUUUUUUUUUUCCCCCAGUACUGUAGGGCAGCAAAAAGCUAAACCGUGGCUAUGAGAUUGGUCCUUUCAAUCUUGAUUUUAUUAUUAGCAUGUGUGUUUGCAAAUAUUGAGCAGAAACGUGCAGCUCCCAUGCCAGGGAAUUCUUGCUAAAGUUUUCGGCUAAAAGUUAACAUUUGGUGUUAGCUUAUUGUCCUGAAAGAUUAGCCUCCACCCUAAGGAAAUGCUGUAUCACAACCAAAUCGAGACCUAGUUUGGUCUAGUGGUUAAGGUGCCAGGCCAAAAGGCAGGAGGUUUUGAGUUCUAGUCCUGCCUUGGGCCUGAAAACUAGUUGGGUGACUUUGGACCAAUCACCAGGAGACAG